AUGAAAAACCAGCUCCGCGGCCCCCCAGCGCGGGCGCACAUGUCGGCUUCGGGGGCGGCGGCGGCGGCGGCUGCUGGGAGCACCCGGGCGGGGUCCGAGCCCGGUGCUGGGUGUGGGUCCAACGCGGGCACUGGGGCGAGCGCGGCGACCGGAGCAGGGGCCAUGCCCUGCAAGAGUGCGGAGUGGUUACAGGAGGAGCUGGAGGCGCGCGGCGGCGCGUCGCUGCUGCUGCUAGACUGCCGACCGCACGAGCUUUUCGAGUCGUCGCACAUCGAAACGGCCAUCAACCUAGCCAUACCGGGCCUCAUGCUGCGCCGUCUGCGCAAGGGCAACCUGCCCAUCCGCUCCAUCAUCCCCAACCACGCCGACAAGGAGCGUUUCGCCACGCGCUGCAAGGCGGCCACUGUGCUGCUCUACGACGAGGCCACGGCCGAGUGGCAGCCCGAACCCGGCGCUCCAGCCUCGGUGCUCGGUCUGCUGCUACAGAAGCUGCGCGACGACGGCUGCCAGGCCUACUACCUCCAAGGUGGUUUCAACAAGUUCCAAACAGAGUACUCAGAGCACUGCGAGACCAACGUGGACAGCUCGUCCUCACCCAGUAGCUCGCCACCCACCUCUGUGUUGGGCCUGGGGGGCCUACGCAUCAGCUCUGACUGCUCGGACGGCGAGUCAGACCGAGAGCUGCCUAGCAGUGCCACUGAGUCGGAUGGCAGCCCUGUGCCAUCUAGCCAACCAGCCUUCCCUGUCCAGAUCCUGCCCUACCUCUACCUCGGCUGCGCCAAGGACUCCACCAACCUGGACGUGCUUGGCAAGUACGGCAUCAAGUAUAUCCUCAAUGUCACACCCAACUUACCCAAUGCCUUCGAGCAUGGUGGCGAGUUCACCUACAAGCAGAUCCCCAUCUCUGACCACUGGAGCCAGAACCUCUCCCAGUUCUUCCCUGAGGCCAUCAGCUUCAUUGAUGAGGCCCGCUCCAAGAAGUGUGGUGUCCUGGUGCACUGCCUGGCAGGUAUUAGCCGUUCGGUGACAGUCACUGUGGCCUACCUGAUGCAGAAGAUGAACCUGUCACUCAAUGAUGCUUAUGACUUCGUCAAGAGGAAAAAAUCCAACAUCUCGCCCAACUUCAACUUCAUGGGGCAGCUGCUGGACUUUGAGCGGACGCUGGGGCUAAGCAGCCCAUGCGACAACCAUGCGCCCAGUGAGCAGCUCUACUUCUCCACACCCACCAACCACAACCUGUUCCCACUCAAUACGCUCGAGUCCACGUGAGGCCUGGCAUACUGCUGGGCAUGGCACCAGGCCCCUGCUCAGCCCUCCACAGGGCCAUGUGGGAGGGCCCAAGCCUGCUGCCUCUGGCCUGAGGAAAUCACAGAUGUCGCCUGUGCCCAGAGGCCCAGGCUAACCAAUGGCUGAAUGCCCUUACCAUCCUGUGGGAGCAGGGCCCGCAGUCAAGGCCUCCCUCUGCAAAGGUUGCUGGAGAGGCCUCAGCUCUCAGACAUGUGGCUUUGGGGGUCUGACAGGGCCUCAUCCUUUCCUAGGACACUCCUUUCUGCUGAUGGCCCAGCCAGUUUGGCUACUUUUUAAAGACAUACAUAUCCAUGGACUUGAGUUUACUUUUUACUUUUGGCAGGUAAAUCCAAGCUCCCUGGAGCACAAAGAGUAUUCAAGCUCUUCUUGAUUUUUCUUUUUUUUUUUUUUAACAAAAAGUGUUAUUUUUCAGGCCACAUGCAACAGUGGAUUGUAUAAACCAGUAUUUUAUCCCUUUCUUGAUACUACAGAGAGAGAGAAGCGUUCUCAGUUUUGUUUU